AAAAAAAGGGAAAGGAUGUUACAGAAACUCCAGAUACUACUCCCCUUCAGUGGUCUGAGUUGCGCGGCGCUUUUCCGCCUGUCCGGCAGGGGGCGCCGCGCAGAAAGCCGCAGUCCCUCUGCGGAAGGCGCCGCUCUUGGCUUCGGCGGCGCCGCUGUAGCUUGGAGGCGGUGCUUCCUCCAGCAUUUGCCGCGAGUUAUUGGCAAGUUCCCCUGCAGUUGUUUGGGCUGUCGCUGUGGCUGGUUCUGCGGUGUGCGGCCAGCCAUGGAGCGCUCUGGGCCCAGCGAUGUGACAGGCUCAGACGCAUUGGGACCGGACCCGCAGCUUGCGGUCACCAUGGGCUUCACGGGGUUCGGUAAAAAACCUCGCACAUUUGACUUGGAAGCAAUGUUUGAACAAACUCGAAGAACAGCCGUGGAAAGAAGUCGCAAAACACUGGGGCUGGUGAAUUACCAGAUCUCCGUCAAGUGCAGCAACCAGUUCAAGUUGGAAGUGUGUCUUUUGAAUGCAGAAAACAAAGUCGUGGACAACCAGGCUGGGACCCAGGGCCAGCUGAAGGUGCUGGGUGCCAACCUCUGGUGGCCGUACCUGAUGCACGAACACCCCGCCUACCUGUACUCGUGGGAGGAUGGUGAUUGCUCACACCAAAGCCUUGGACCCCUCCCAGCCUGUGACCUUUGUGACCAACUCCACCUACGCAGCAGACAAGGGGGCUCUGUAUGUGGAUGUGAUCCGUGUGAACAGCUACUACUCUUGGUAUCGCAACUACGGGCACCUGGAGUUGAUUCAGCUGCAGCUGGCCGCCCAGUUUGAGAAUUGGUGUAAGACAUCACAAUCCCAUUAUUCAGAGCGAGUAUGGAGUGGAAACGCUUGUAGGGUUUCACCAGGAUCCACCUCUGAUGUUCAGUGAAGAGUACCAGAAAAGUCUGCUAGAGCAGUACCAUCUGGGUCUGGAUCAAAAACGCAGAAAAUACGUGGUUGGAGAGCUCAUCUGGAAUUUUGCCGAUUUCAUGACUAACCAGUCCAAGGAUGAAGGAAAAACUGGACCUCAUUAUGGAUUUACUUUUGGGAUACACUCAUUAUUCCAGAGGAGGGUAAAAGGCUGAGAAGCUUAAGGUCUUUCAGUCUGUUUUAUGUUACUCAUUUGCGAAAAGCAGGCUCAUCGAAUACAGGUGAGUUUCAACGCGUCUUGAAUAUGGCAGCAUUUAAAAGUCUUCAGACCAGGCAUGGUGGCUCAUGCCUGUCAUCCCAGCACUUUGGGAGGCCAAGGUGAGAGGAUUGCUUGAGGCCAGGAGUUCGAGACCAGCCUGUUCAGCAUAGCAGGAUCCCCAUCUCUACAAAAACUAAACAGAUUAGCUAGGUGUGGUGGUGUGUGCCUGUAGUCCUAGCUGCUUGGGAGGCUGAGGCAGGCGGAUAGCCUGAGCACAGGAGUUGGAGGCUGCAGUAAGCCAUGAUUACACCACUGCACUUGAGCCUGGGCAACAGAGUGAGACCUGUCUUUAAAAAAAAAAAAGGAGCUGGGCACGGUGGCUCAUGCCUGUAAUCCCAGCACUUUGGGAGGCUGAGGCAGGCAGAUCAUGAGGUCAGGAGAUCGAGACCAUCCUGGCUAACAGUGAAACCCUGUCUCUACUGAAAAUACAAAAAAAAUCAGCCGGGUGUGGUGGCGGGCACCUGUAGUCCCAGCUGCUCGGGAGGCUGAGGCAGGAGAAUGGCAUGAACCCAGGAGUUGGAGCUUGCAGUGAGCCGAGAUUGUGCCACUGCACUCCAGCCUGGGCGACAGUGAGACUGCUUCUC